UGUCAAUAUUCGGUAUUACCACCAACUCCUCUCCCGGAAGAAACCCAAAUCACUGUCUAUGUGUGGAACUUGGUAAAUGAAGAUUAACGCUGAUUGAAAUGGCGUCAGUCACAGUACGUGGCUGGGCUCUCUGGACCGUGUCUCUGCUCAACUUUGCGUUUGUUUCCAUAUCCGGUGCAGACUUCAUUCGGUUUAUAUCAUUUCGAGCCAUUUACCACAACAUCACCGGGGAGACGACACUCUGUCAGGACUCCAUACCGUGGUCGGUGGCUCUGCAGGACAGCUCUGUCCUCGGGUCUCUUGUUGUGGAUUUGGGGCUGCUGGCUCUCUUCAUCACACAGCACAGUCUGCUGGCCUGGUCCCCUGUCAAACAGGCCCUCCAGUCAGUGAUGGGGGCCCUGAACAGGACCGCAUACUGCUUUACUACAGUGCUGGCACUCCAGAUCUUGAUGCGUUACUGGCAGCCUGUGACUGGCGCCCCCUGUCUGUGGUCAGUGCGUCAUGCACCCUGGAGUAUCUGGUUCCCUCUGCUCUGCUUCAGUCUGCACUUCCUCUGCUGGGCAAUCAUCUGCAGCAUCCUCAUGAUCUUUGACUACCCUGAACUGCUGGGCAUCAAGCAGGUCUAUUACAAUUGUCUCGGUUUAGGGGACCCCCUGUCCUAUAAGUCACCUGGUGCUCAGCGCCUCCUGUCUCACCUCCGCCACCCAGUGUGCGUGGAGCUGGGCGUGGUGCUGUGGCUUCUGCCAGCGUUAUCCCUGGACAGGCUCCUGCUGGCGGGGACUCUGUCGACCUAUCUGGCCCUGGCACACUCUCUGGACAAACAGGAUGUCAGCUACCUCUGCGUCCAGCUUAACAGCAAGCUGCAGCUCUUUGCCGAGCUGCACCAUGGCAGCUCUGUCACCAGCGACCACAAGGACAGGUGAAGCGAAGGUGCUCUUACUGCUGCGAUGGGAAGCUGGCUGCUGUUUUACAAUUAGUAGAAACUGAGUUCUCAAUAAGCCGGGUUAUCUGCUGCGCUAAAUAAUGAUGACACUGCUCGACACUGUUUUAUGUUUUCUUUUCACUGUGUAUGAGAUUUCAUGGAGAUUUUAUUCUUACAUUUGAUAACACAAACUACUGAGAAUAUUUCUAUAUAUUCUGAUUGAAUUAUAGGAACAGAUUCUCCUAAAUAUAUGGAGAGUUUUAUUGCAAAAAAAACCCAAUGUGUCAAAUGUAUUUUUAUUUGCAACAUUUUGCAAUAAAACUCAAUUUAGUUUGUAUUACAGUGAAUUUAUUUUGUUUAUCAUACAGUAUAUUUUUUAUAGGCAUGUUAGGUUCCAACUGCAGGUACAAUGUAUUUCUCUGCCCACUUAUUUUCAAGUUCAAUUGUCCUUGAAAAAGAAAGUGCCACUGAGGUUUCACACUGUCAAAAAACACAAAAAUGCAGCCUCCAUUUUCUGAAUUUGCAGCUAUAAUGAAUAACAAAUUGCAUUUCUAAGAUUAUGAAUGUAUUUCCUCAAUUGCUUUAUGUUAUGUUGGGGACACAUCAACACUAUCGUCAUGAACAAAGUGAAUACAGUUGGUAUUUCAAACGUCAAAUUACUGUAAUCUUUGAUUUAACAUGUAUGCUAGUAUUAGUUGUCUGCAUUGUGUUCACUGUAAUGACAAAAAGAACUAUUUUCAAGACCAUGUUGAAUAAAUGUGAUAAGCUGUAUACUG